AUGGCACCCCCAGAGACAGUUAGAGUAACUAGUAAUUACAAAGCCCCACCGGCAUACAGUGAGGAUCAGGACUACUGCAAUUGGAAGUUAGACCUGCAGCUGUGGCAAGAGUUCACGGGUUUAGAGAAAAAGAGACAAGGAACUGCGUUGCUCUUAGAAUUGAAACAAGGGAAGAUAAAGGAUACAGUACGAUCAUUGGGGAAAGAUGUCCUAAUUGCAGAGGAUGCAAUAGCGAAGAUUUUAAGUCAUCUUGACAAAAUCUAUUUAGAGGACUCAGCUCAAACCUGUUACCGAGUUUACGGUAAGUUUGAAAAAUAUGUGAGACCAGAAGGGUUGUCUCUACAGAGUUACAUAUCUGAGUUUGAGAAGUUGCUAGCGGAUCUCAGGAGACACAAAAUCACUCUUCCUGAAGCAGUCCUAGCCUACAGAUUCCUUAACAGUGCUAACCUUCCGUCAGAAAAAUAUGAUCUCGCUUUGGCAACUGUAAAGGAUCUUACUUAUAAAGAUAUGUGUGAAACGAUCGGGAAAAUCUUCUCCGUCCAAUCGAACCUUUCCACACCGCCUGCGUCAAUAUCAGUGAAGGUGGAACAUGAGGAAUGUAACUAUACAUACAACUCAACCCCAAGAGGUGGACGAGGAAACUACAGAAGGAUGUCAAGAGGACGUGGGAAUCAUCAUCAUCCGUAUAAUCGACAAAAGAGUGCGUAUACUGGAUGCUAUGCUUGUGGCGAUAAAAACCAUAUUGCAAGAUGGUGCACAAGCAAGAACAGAGCUUCUUCAAGUUCAACAGAUAAUGCACAGUAUUUCGCACAAGAUGGUGCUGAGAAUGUUACGGCCAUGGAAGCAGAGGGUGCAUUCUUAACAUUUAUGGUGGUGUCUGAAUCUGAAGAUGUUGUUGAAAUUCCUGAAGAGUGCCUGAUGAGUGAUACGAACCUUGGUUCUCUUGUAUAUGAGUCAUUAGCAUGUGCAGUUAUUGAUUCCGGAUGUACAAAGACAGUCGUUGGUAGGAACUGGGUGAAUCACUACAGAGAAACUCUGGAAGAAAAACAACUGAAAAUGAUGGUUAGUGAACCUUGCUCGACGCCUUUUAGAUUUGGGGAUGGACUCGAAGUCAUUUCCACAGAAAAGACUAUCAUCCCUGGGCGAAUAGGAAAGACAGAUGUUCGGAUAGAAGCAAACAUUGUUGAGAAAGAACUGCCGUUGCUUCUCAGUAAAGCAUCGUUAAAGAGAGCUGGUGCUGUGUUGGAUUUCACAAAUGAUACAAUGAGAUUCAGUGGAGAUUGUGUUGAUUUGUUUGAAACUAAAUCAAAGCACUAUUGCGUUCCUCUUUGUAAUAAAAGACGCAUGACCAUUGGGCCGCCAGAUCGAAAGACCCCACAUCUGGUGAUGACAAUCAGCGAAGAAGGUUUGUUUGGUACUGACGAAAAGGAGAUUAGGAGGAAAGUGGAAAAAAUCCACAAACAAUUCUCACACCCUCCUAGUGAUAAACUGAAAACAUUGCUGAAAACUGCAGGAUUUAAGAGACCAGAAUACAUGAAAGCAAUUGAUGAGGUAUCCAGCAGUUGUAAAAUAUGUCUGAUGUACAAGAAACCCAAGUCAAGACCAGUGGUGGGUCUCCCAAGAGGAAAGGUGUUCAACGAAUGUGUUGCAAUGGACCUUAAGAAUGUUCCUGGCACUCCUAAUGUGUAUAUCUUGCAUAUGAUUGAUUCGGUGACAAGAUAUUCAGCAGCUAGAAUAAUCUACAAUAAGAAGAAAGAGACAAUCAUCCAAGGAAUUUGCUCUGGAUGGAUAUCCAUCUUUGGAAAUCCAAAGAAAUUCAUGGCUGAUAAUGGUGGAGAGUUCGCCAAUGAGGAGUUUACUGAGAUGUGUCAAAGAUUCAAUGUGGAUGUGCAAAAUUCAGCUGCCGAGAGCCCUUGGAGCAAUGGGAUUGUAGAACGUCAUCAUAAGAUGCUGACAGAGAUGAUGGUAAAAACGAAGGAAGAUUCAAAAUGCAACUGGGAAGUUGCAUUGUGUUGGGCACUAAGUGCGAAAAACUCCAUGCAGAUGUUUGGUGGGUUUUCUGCAAAUCAGUUGACAAUGGGCCGUAACCCUUCACUUCCGAAUGUCAUCGAUGAUAGACUGCCAGCUUUAGAAGAAACAACGGUGAGUAAAACCGUGGCUGAUAAUGUUAAUGCAAUGCACAGUGCAAGGCAAGCAUUUGCAAAGUGUGAAAGUAGCAACAAGAUACGUAGAGCUCUGCAAAGCCAAGUUCGGACAAGCAAUGACGAGUAUUAUAGCAACGGUGAAAAGGUGAUGUACAAGAGAAAAGGAUCUGCAAAAUGGAGUGGGCCAGGUGUUAUACUGGGGAGAGACAUUACUCAUUUAUAUAUUUUAAAGCAUGGAAAUCAGUAUUAUAAGUGCAGUGCAUGUCAUCUAACCAGGGAUACAACAACAGGAUAUCCCAUUACCUCAGAGUCAGUUGUUGGGCAACCUAACCCGAGUAUUGUAUCAAGUUCACCAAAAUCCCCAUUAGAGACGCAGAGAAAUUUCCUAGAGGAUCAACCAUCUUGCUCUAUGGAAACAGCAGUUUCUGUACCGGAAACAGAAACACUGCCUCAAAGUGAGACAACAGCAACAAUCAGACCUCAGCACAAAUCAGGACUUCCUAAAGCAAGAAGUCACGUGGAGUUUCUUCCAAAGUAUCCAGAGGAGGAUGGUGAGAUCUGGCAUAAAGCUUAUAUCCAUAGCCGUGCGGGGAAAUCAACUGGCAGUUACAAAAACUGUGUAAAUAUUCAACUUGAUGGUGAGGAGAGCAUCCAAUGUGUGGAUUGGUAUGAGCUUGCUGUGAAUUGGAGAGAUGACCUGUCACCAGAAACAGAAGAAGAGGUGUUGCUGUCCAGUGUGAGUAUGUAUGACCAAGCAGUUGUAGAUGCCAAGCUAGCAGAGCUUGAGAAGUUCAAAGUAAACAAGGUUUACGUGGAAGUUGAUGCAAACGAACAGUCCAAUGUUGGUGUUCGCUGGGUUAUUACAAAGAAAGCAGAAGGUUCUGUUAAAGCUCGUUUAGUGGCACUUGGUUAUCAAGAAAAUAGAAGCAACAUACGAAAGGACUCCCCAACAUGUAACAGGGACUCUAUAAGACUGCUCCUUACAAUAGUUGCAACAGAAAGUUGGAAGUUACAACACAUCGAUGUUCAGGCUGCCUUCUUGCAAGGCAAGAAGAUUUCAAGAGAUGUCUUCAUUAUUCCUCCGAAGGAAGCUGAAACGAGGAAAAUCUGGAAACUGAACAAAUGUAUUUACGGGUUAGUAGACGGACCUAGAAUGUGGUAUGUUGAGCUUCGUGAUACUCUAGUGAAGUUAAAUGUUGUGGUAUCGUCAUAUGAUGAGUCAUUCAUGUUCUGGUAUGAUGAAGGAAAACUCGAGGGUAUCAUUGCUGUGCAUGUUGACGAUCUGAUGUUCAGUGGAAGCAAGAAGUUUGAAAGGGAAGUUAUUGGGGAACUGAAGAAGAAGUUUCGUCUAAGUACGGAGGUCGAAGUUGAAUUUGCUUAUACUGGUCUUGAUGUAAAGCAAACACAAUCUGGAAUUCUGGUAUCACAACUGGGGUAUGCAGACCAGAUUUCAAGAAUAGAGAUCGACCCCACCCGAGUGAAUCGAAAUACGCUCCCAAUCAACGAGAAAGAAAAGCAACAACUGAGAACUGUGUGCGGACAGUUGUUGUGGGUAUCAACACAGACACGGCCAGAUGUAGCUUAUGCUACAUGUUUUGCUAGUAAUUCUGUGACUGAAGGGACCAUCACAGAUUUGAAAAUGGUAAACAAAACAGUAAAGUUCUUAGAAAAGAAUCCUCUAACACUCAGGUUUAAGAAACUACUGUUGCCUGAGUCAGUCUUAGUGGUUUUCUGUGAUGCAUCGUAUGGAAACUUGAAGGAUGGAAGCUCUCAGGGAGGCUUCAUAAUUUUCCUUGUUUCGCUUACAGGAAAAUCUUGCCCCAUUACAUGGCAGAGUAGAAAAAUCCGGAGAGUAUGUAAAAGUACUUUAGCAGCGGAGAGUUGGGCAAUGAUCGAAGCAGUGGAAACAUGUGAGUUGAUCCAAGCUCAGCUGAGUGAGAUCAUGUUAUCUGGAAAACUUGAUGUCAUUGUAAUGACUGAUUGCAAGUCUCUACAUGAUGCUAUCCAAACCUCGAAAAAUGUUGAUGACAAGGGAUUGAGGAUACCAAUAGCUUGCCUGAGACAGCGAGUGAACAAUAGUGAAAUGACAGUUUGUUGGAUUUCAACAAAGAAACAGCUUGCAGAUUGUUUGACUAAAGCUGGAGCUCCAACUUCACUGCUACGGGAGGUAUUGUCGUCAGGAGAAUUUGACAAUGAACUGUUUAGAAUUGUAUUCCAAUAA